GGCGGAAAGUUACUUUCGUUUUCACGCGGAACAAAAGGGAAAACAACGAAAAGCUCCAGAGAAAAAGCCCUUUCUAGGCCUGGUUAUUGAUACGGGGUUUUAAAAGCGAAGACUAAUUCUUUAAAGAGGUUUAAUUCAAGUGUCUUCGAGUGUUUGAUAGUGUUGUAGUUUCUCGGCUUCGCCUCAUAUUGAAUUUCUUGCACUUUCUUGUUCUACUUGGCGUCGGGGCGCGAGCGCUGUGUGUGUGCGUGUGUGUGCGUGCGCGCGUGUGUGUGUAAGUGUGUGUUCUGCAUUGACUAUCGAUCAUUUUCUAGUUGUAAGUGAGUUGAUUUAAGGCUAAACCGAGCAUCAUAAUGGAGGAAUCUCCAUUGAGUGAAGAAGUCACAACCGGGACUACAAUCAUAGCCAUUGCGUUUCCAGGUGGAGUUGUUCUUGGCUCCGACUCACGUGUGUCUGCUGGGCAAACAGUGGUAAAUCGAGUCAUGAACAAACUCUCUAAACUACAUGACAAGAUCUACUGUGCGUUGUCUGGGUCAGCCGCUGAUGCUCAGACCAUUGCUGAGAUAGUCAACUACCAACUGGAUGUGCACAGUAUUGAGAUAGAAGAAGACCCCCUGGUUCGCUCAGCUGCUACUUUAGUGAAGAACAUUUCUUACAAGUAUAAAGAGGAACUAUCUGCACAUCUGAUUGUUGCAGGAUGGGACAGGAGAGGUGGAGGUCAGGUGUAUGUAACAUUGGAUGGCAUGCUGUCUCAGCAGCCGUUUGCUAUUGGUGGCUCUGGUAGUUCAUACAUCUACGGAUUUGUUGAUGCAGAAUACCGGAAAGGCUUGACACGGAAAGAAUGCCAGAAGUUUGUUGUAGAUGCACUGACACUGGCUAUGAGCAGAGAUGGUUCUAGUGGAGGUGUGGCUUACCUUGUUACCAUUGAUGAAAAGGGGACAGAGGAGAAGUGCUUUCUGGGAAAUGAACUACCUAAGUUUUUUGAUGAGUAAUAAAAUAGUGUUGCUGAGUUUGUUAAACACUGCAUUUAACUCUUCAUUAAAAUCAACAAUAUCAGCAAACCUUCUAAAAAUGUUUUCUUGAGAACUGGAGAUUAUUGACUGAACCUAGCUGUAACACUGAGGUCUUUAAAAAACCCAGUAAUGCUGUUGAACUCAGUCUGCUUGUGUCAGCACUACACACUACUGUAUCGGUUUCAGUGUUGUGAUUAAAUGGGUCCAACACUUAAAUACCUGGUCAAUCUGUAGCUGUAUAUCUACAAAAUCCAGUUAUGGUACUUUGGUACCUAAAACAUUAGGAGUGCUUUCAUGUUCACAUUAAGAUUCAUUAGUUGUAAAUUGUCACCAAUAAAUGCAGUUCCACAAACA